CCACAAAUCUGUCUUCUUUCGAUUUUAUUUUUAUUUCUUAAAUUAUAAUUUCCCAUCGUUUAUCUCUCUUUAUUUUUCUUUGCGGCACGUUUCUUGCUUUCUUUUUUUCAAUAGAAAUUCGUCCUGGUUUCGCUGGAACAGUGCUGGGAGGAGGAAGAGGGGAUCCUCAUAGCCUCUACUUUUAUUUUCAGAGGAAAAAAUUAUUUAUUGGGGUUUUGAAAUUUGAUAAAGUUCUCAGCUUUUUCUGUCGUUUGUGUUGGAUUUUUGGGUGUUGAUAGAGAGAGAAAGAAGAGAGAGAGAGGGGGGGUGAGUCGAGGUGGUCUUGUGGGCUAUUGGUGUGAGGUGUUUUCAGAGUAAAUUAAAGAUUGCUGAACUCAUUAAUCCUUCCUACCCAUCUCUAGAUUUUCAUACCCACCGAAUUCUUGUCAUUCAUUUCCGUAUCUCAUCUCUCCCCACCCCAGUUUUGACUCAGAUUUCCUUUUCCCUUCGUACUCUUGAUUUAAUUGAGGUUUGUGCUCUGGUUUCCAUGGCUGUCUUCUUGGAUUCUCUUCAUUUCUGGAGGGGUGGGGUGCUUGGGAGGUCCUGAGUUUGGAUCUAUCGUUGUAUCUGUUGCUCUUUCGCAGAUUUGUUGAACGACAGAAGUGCUAAAUCCUGCCGCUCGAGUAUAAUUGCUGUUGGUGAGAGUAAUAGCAUUGAUUCAAUCUUAGCCCUAAAUGCAGGGUGAAAGGAGUGACGUCAGUACUACGGCAGAAAAUGUGAGUAUUGAUCACGCGUCUAUGCCCGCUGACGUAACGGAACCCCAAUUAUUGUGGAACGGUAUGCAACCCUCGGGACAAAAUCAGCUACCAGAUUACAGAUUGUCGAUAAGUGAGACAAAUAAUCAGUAUCUGCCGCAUAUAACGCAUGACAUGUGGAAUGCUGACUGGAGCUUAGGUGAAAGCAGUGGUUCGCGGCAUCAAAACGAAGAAAAUGGAAGUAAAGUUGAUACUUGGACGUUUACCUCUCCGUCGGGUCUCGCACAAGAAGAACAGGGAAAUCGAUCGUCUAAUAAUAUUCGUGCUUUGGAUAAUGUGGUUGCAAAUUCGAAUGGUAAUCAGGUCACAAAUGGAUUGUCUCGCCUGCAGAGUUCUAGCUACGCUUUUCCUCAGGAUCUUAAUAUGAGUUCGGGUUUUGGAGAUCAAGAAGACGAGGGUGUUCAUCAGCGAGCUGGGCGACACAUAUACGCAUCUGCUGGAUCGUCAUCAUCUAGUGUUGCGCCAUCUGCUGCUGAGGGUUCUAUGAGGUUCGGCGGACGUGUCACUGAAGACAGGCCAGAAGGUUCUUUGAAUGGUCGAAUCUUGCCUUGCAAGAGGAAGGAAAUUGAAACGGGACAAUCCUCUGGAGUGGGAAGUUCUAGUUUUUUCCAGAAUGUUGAAAGAAAUCAAUGCCCUAAUAUAAGGGCUGGCGCAGUUCCUGCAGGCAGCGUUAAUGUGCAGACACCAAUGGAGAAUGGCCCGGUCAUUAAUAAUCGACCGCAGCUGGAAAAUCCGCGGACUAGGUUCGGCUUCGAAGGAGCUGUCUCCACAGGUUUUUUCACUUUGACUAGUUCCUUUGGUAUUGAUGAGAAUUCCCAAAGAAGUUGUCGUAUCCAAAUUAAUGGUGUAGAAGUAGCUGACUAUUCUUUUCCAACUGAGCCUGAUACCGGAAACACAGCUGGAUCUUCUUCUCAGAAUACUAGGAUUGGUCCCUAUAACCAUUUCGUAGAUGUAAAUCCAUCUCCAGCAGCGGGUAACGGAAAUCUUCGUGGUCAAUCAAUUCUGGACAUUCCUUCUGUGCGCAGAAAUCAGCAAUUUAGGUGGAUUGGACCACCGAGAACAAGGGCUAUCACCACAUCCUCGUCCACUACGGUUAUUCAAGAAGAUGGGAAUGCUGCUGUUUAUGAAGGACAACCUACGGCAGCGAAUACCCCGAUAAGAAUCUCAGAAUAUCCUAUGUUUGUUUCUGCCAGCGAGAUGGGAAGUUCGUCUCACAAUCCUGUUAAUUGGAAUAUGGUCGGUGGUGGAAAUAACAAUGUUGCUGAGAAUGUUGCCCCUUUGCCGCGGGUUGGCCCCAGCACUGGGGCUGGUUAUUCUGUUUCUGGCAUCUCACAGCGGAAUUCUCGGAGGCUAUCCCAACUUGUUCGAAGAUCUCUGAUGUCAUCUGCUGCUGCUGCUGAGUCUGGCAGUCUGAGCAUUAAUCCCGAGCAACCAAGAUCAUCUGCUGCCUAUCAGGAGGUGGGGGCACUGCCACACAGACCUGAUAACCAUCUUCGUCGUGCGCCAAAUUCGAGGCCCUUGUUGGACAGGCUUGGUGCGUUUGGGGGACCUAAUUCACUGAGAUCUUUGGCUGCUGCAAGUGAAGGAAGAGGUGGUGUAAUGUCUGAGCAGAUGCGCCAUGUCUUGGAUAUCAUGCGAAGAGGGGAAGGCCUAAGAGUUGGGGAUGUGAUGCUCCUCGACCACUCCGUCCUUGCUGGUAUGGCGGAUAUUCACGAUCGGCACCGGGAUAUGCGGUUGGAUGUUGAUAACAUGUCUUAUGAGGAAUUGCUCGCACUGGAGGAGCGGAUCGGAAAUGUCUGUACAGGGCUAAGCGAAGAAACCAUUAUGGCUCGUAUGAAGCACCACAAGCAUGUGGUUGGGAAAACUGCUCAAUCAGAGCAAGAGCCUUGCACUAUAUGCCGGGAGGAUUAUAAAGCUGAAGAAGAUGUUGGAACGCUUGAAUGCGGGCAUCAAUUCCACCGGGACUGUAUUAAAGAAUGGCUCUUGCUUAAGAACCUCUGUCCCAUUUGUAAAACAACGGGUCUGUCUACCUGAGGGAGGAGGUGCCUUUCUUUCUUGUCAAGUAGUGUUGAAAGGAAACCUAAAAUUGUUGGAAAUAUGAUUGCUCGAGUUGGUGAUUUCUCGAAGUCAAUCUUUGUUUUAUUAUCUUGUACUCAGUAUGGUUUAUUAUAAGAUUAUUGAUGAUUUUCCUUUUUUUGGAUCUUUA